AUGGAAGGACCAGAGUCCCUAGGCUUACCUCGAAGGUCAGGUGAGCAGCUGUCCCAUUACCCUCCCGGCAUACAACGCCCCUGCAUAGCUCCGUCGGCCUGCAUGCUCGGGUACAGCGGCUGCGAAAGGUCACUGAACGUACCCUAUUGCACAAAGGGAAAGAAGGGGAUUAUAUGGGGCCCAGAGUCUCACGUGAUAUUUGUAUAUAAGGCAGUGAUACUUCUGGACUCAGUUGGAAUAAGUCAGUCACCCCUUUGUGGGCACCUUCAUGAGCGUACCCAACAGACACGAACCAAUGCAGGGAAGGCGUGUACAGUAAUGAGACCUACGCCGAGGAGAGGCCACAAACACCCACGAAAUCUUGGGUACGGCGACGGGCUGGGGUCGAUACAGGCGUACGCGUGCACCAUUUCCUCUCCUAAGCUACACCUUUCCCUCAUCCGGAACUUCUCUCCUCUUGCACAGGAAGUCGCUGAGUGGCUAGACGGCGCUGGCGAAGCGGGCGUCGUGUACUUCAGCCUGGGAUCCUUCCAGAAUGCGUCCAGGAUUCCGCAGAAGUAUCGCGAGGCGCUCUUCAAGGCCUUCGCGCGCCUCCCCCACCGCGUCCUCGUCAAGUUCAGCGACGAUGGCUUCGAACUCCCUCCCAACGUCCGGAGCUUCACGUGGCUUCCGCAGCAGGAUAUCCUCGGUCACAAAUCCAUACGGGUGUUCAUCACACACUGUGGGAAACACAGCGCAGCAGAAGCUCUUUACCAUGGAGUGCCAAUAUUAGGUCUUCCUAUUACAUUUGACCAACCUCGCACAUGUGCUCGUAUGGCUCGCCGUCAGGAGGGCAUUGUUCUCCAGUGGGAAGAGCUUACAGUUGAAACCAUCGUCAAUUCUGUCUAUGAACUCACCAACAACCACAAAUAUCGUGAUCGAGUGGUAGGUGUGUCAAGGCGGAUGAAAGCACAGAAGGAAACUGGACUGAACCGAGCAGUUUGGUGGGUUGAAUACAUCAUUGAUCAUGGGAAGGAUUACCUCAGGUUUUCUGGUGCAGAGUUGAGUCUGUCUCAAUAUCUUCUUCUGGAUAUAUUGGGAAUCAUUGUCGUACUCACUGCAAUUAUUGGUGGGAUCUUCAUUUUUCUAGCACGUUCAGUUUUGAAAGUAUUUUGGCCAUCAAGUCUUUCAAAGGCUAUUCUGUCUACAGUUUUUACAUAUGUUGUGUACAAUUUAUUACUGUUGGUGCUAAUCACAUCUCAAUAGUAAAGACAAAGGAAUAAUACAUGAUGACAUAUAAUUGUUUUAAACAUGUAGGUGGUUAAUGUGUGACAAAGUAUGCAAAUGAAUGAAUAUGCAUGUGUGUGUGUGUGUGUGUGUGUGUGUGUGUGUGUGUGUGUGUGUGUGUGUGUGUGUGUGUGUGCGCGUGCGCGUGUGCAUGCAUGUGCGUGUGCGUGUGCGUGUGCGUGUGUUGUCCAGGUAUUGAUUUAAGGAUGAGUUAAUAAAUAGCUCGAAAACUAUCCUUGUUGAUUUAAAAAAUAUAUAAGUAUGAUUUCAGUUUGACUGGAUAUUACACUUGAUAGUGUGCAUUAACACAGGGGAAUUUUGUUCAAAUUCAGAAUCUGAAUCUGAAAUCAAGUCUAUGUACAAAUCAAAUGUAUAUGAUAGGCCAGACAUACUACUUAUACACAGCUGGUAAAUAUUACCGGGUACCUCAUGAACUUAAACAACAGCUAAGGAUGAUGAUCAGGAAUAACUUUUAUUUUUGACUGGUAUGUUUCUUCCUUAUAAAUGAGUGCUUAUAAAUGAAUGAAAGGUAGUGUGUUCAUAAUAAAAAAAAUAAAUUUCUAUAAAAUAUUUGCAGUUACCAAUAUUUAGGAAAUAUUGAUUCAUGGCAAAUUACAUUAAUGUGAAAGUCAUUUUUGCUUCAUGUUUUUGAAUAGAAAUAUUUCUACAUAAUACCUUCCUGAAGCUUUUGCAUAUAUCUUUACUUGUUAUUGUCUACUCAGGACUAAACUUGUCCUUUUAUUAUUAAAUGGAAACUAUUUGCACCGUCACAAAAAAAAAAAAA